GAUUCAGAUCGAUUUUCAGAGUGGACGAGACGAGACAUGCCCAAUUGGAGUUCCGUGAGCGUCGGUCGUGCGGUCGGAUAACGGCUUUUCAAAUGGACACAUCAUUAUUAAUUAAGUAACAUCGGCCAGUGGAUUAAUAACAAUUGUGUUCUGUGUGUGAGUGAAAGUGGCAAACUAAAACCAAAACGCUUGAUUUAAGAUUAAAGUGAGAAACAAAAACCACAUCAAACAACCGCAAAUAAUUGCAUAUUUGCAGCUAAACAAACAGAAAGUCAUAAAAUCCAAAUGAACGGUUCAUAAGCGCACUCUCCUUUUUCGCUUUGCCUACAAGAAACAAGAAUAAAGUGUGAAGAUUAACGACGAUCAUAACGGUUCGCGCGCUCGAAAAACUAAAUACAGGCCGUUUGAGUAGAGCCGAAUAGAAGCUAAAAACAUAACAAAAGUGUGCUGUGCCAACUGAAUAAGUAAGGAUUAAUAUCGCGGGAGAUCAGAUCAUCGUUCGCUUAUCAACCGGAAUAUUCGUAAUAUUCGAGACAUUCGAACUCCGCUUCAAUGCAACUGCGAGUGCACCCUACUAUGGACUGUAGCGGUCGUUCAACCAGCAAUAUUGAACGCGAUUCCGAUUUGGGAGACGAUUUGUCACAUGGUGAUAGAACGGACGACGAGAUGCGCGACUGCGACUCCGUGGAUGGGGAGCAUCAUCAGCUGAGCGCCAAGGCGGCGAUUGCGGCCCGCUUAAGUCACACAGUUUCCGGCGGAGGAGGCAACUUCGCCAGUCCCGAGCCACAGACCGAAUUGCCCCUGAGCCAUCACCAUCAACUGCCGCCAAAUCAUCCGCUCAACGCUUUGGGCAGCUUCAUGGGUAUCGGUGGUCUACACAGCAUUCCAAAUCUCCAGCACAGCGAUGUGCUCGAGAAGCUCAAGAUGCAGGUGCGCGACAUGAAGGUGGGACUGAUGGAACAGGAUUACGCGGCCGCAGCUCAUGCCGCCGCUUUUGGGGCCAAUAUGCUGCCCACGACGAUCAGCUCGGGCUUCCCGCUGCCCCACAAUUCGGUGGCUGCCGCGGCGGCAGCUGCCUCCUUUGGCCAUGUGACCUCGGCACCGAGUGCUGGCAAUGGGAGUAGCUACAAUGGAGGCACCACCACAACGCCCAGCUCCAAUAGCAAUCCGGCCACCAAUGGGGGCGGCAAUAGCGGACCCGGAGGAACUGGAGGAUCUGGCGGCGGCGGAGGAGGAGGAGGAGGAGGAGGAGGAGGAGUGGGUGGCCACCAGUUCUCAUUUGCAUCACCCACAGCAGCGCCGAGCGGCAAAGAAGCCAAUUCCGCAUCCAACUCGUCGACGUCCAGCGAGGCCUCCAAUUCAUCGCAGCAGAAUAAUGGAUGGAGCUUUGAAGAGCAGUUCAAACAAGUCAGACAGCUCUAUGAAAUCAAUGACGACCCCAAGCGCAAAGAGUUCCUGGACGAUUUGUUCUCGUUUAUGCAAAAGCGCGGUACGCCGAUCAAUCGGCUGCCGAUUAUGGCCAAAUCGGUGCUAGAUCUGUAUGAGCUGUACAAUUUGGUGAUAGCCCGCGGCGGCUUGGUGGAUGUUAUCAACAAGAAGCUGUGGCAGGAGAUCAUCAAGGGGCUGCAUCUGCCGUCGAGCAUCACCAGUGCCGCCUUCACCCUGCGCACCCAAUACAUGAAGUAUCUGUACCCGUACGAGUGCGAGAAGAAGAAUCUGAGCACGCCGGCGGAGCUGCAGGCGGCCAUCGAUGGCAAUCGCCGGGAAGGACGUCGCUCCAGCUACGGGCAAUACGAGGCCAUGCACAACCAGAUGCCAAUGACGCCUAUUUCGCGACCUUCGCUACCGGGUGGCAUGCAGCAAAUGUCGCCUCUGGCUCUGGUCACACACGCUGCGGUGGCCAAUAACCAGCAGGCUCAGGCUGCUGCCGCUGCUGCAGCGGCCCAUCAUCGCCUGAUGGGUGCUCCCGCCUUUGGCCAGAUGCCCAAUCUGGUCAAGCAGGAGAUCGAGAGCAGGAUGAUGGAGUAUCUGCAGCUGAUCCAGGCCAAGAAGGAGCAGGGAAUGCCGCCCGUCCUGGGCGCCGGCCAUCCCCACCAGCAGCACACACAGCACACACAGCACCAGCAGCAGCAGCAGCAGCAACAACAGUCGCAGCAGCAGCAUCAGCAACAGCAGCAACAUCACCUGCAGCAGCAACGCCAGCGAUCCCAGAGUCCCGAUUUGAGCAAGCACGAGGCACUCAGUGCUCAGGUGGCACUGUGGCACAUGUACCACAACAACAACAGCCCACCGGGCUCGGCACACACCUCGCCGCAGCAACGCGAAGCCUUGAACCUUUCCGACUCGCCGCCAAAUCUCACAAACAUAAAGCGGGAACGCGAACGGGAACCGACGCCGGAGCCCGUGGAUCAGGACGACCAGCCCCACCAGCCGCCACCAGCGAAACGCGUGGGCAGUGGCCUCCUGCCACCGGGCUUUCCCGCCAACUUCUACCUGAAUCCCCACAACAUGGCCGCCGUGGCCGCGGCAGCGGGAUUCCAUCAUCCGGCCAUGGGCCAUCAGCAGGAUGCCGCCUCCGAGGGCGAACCGGAGGACGACUACGCCCACAAUGAGCACAAUACCACGGGCAAUUCGUCCUCGAUGCACGAUGACAGCGAGCCGCAGCAGAUGAACGGACAUCACCACCAUCACCACCAGAGCCACCAGCUGGACAAGUCCGAUGACUCGGCCAUCGAGAAUUCGCCCACCACCUCGACAACCACCGGCGGUGGUGGCUCGGUGGGUCAUCGCCACAGUUCGCCCGUUUCCACCAAGAAGAAGAGCGGCGGCUCUAAGCCGCAGAGCGGCGGCAAGGAUCUGCCGGCCGAGGACAAGGAGGCCUCUAAUGGCAAGCUCAAUCCCCUCGAGACGCUCAGCCUGCUCUCCGGCAUGCAGUUUCAAGUGGCACGAAAUGGAACUGGCGAUAAUGGCGAACCGCAACUGAUUGUUAAUCUGGAACUCAAUGGCAUCAAGUACUCGGGUGUGCUGGUGGCCAAUGUGCCACUGUCCCAGGGCGAGACAAGGUCGAGCUCUCCCUGCCAAGCUAAAGCACCAAUAAACGAGGAGGAGCACGACGAGGAGGAGGAGGAGGAGGAGGAGCCGAAAGCCGCUGAAGAGAAGCCCCAUCGAUCGCCGGUGAAGCAGGAGAACGAGGAGGCCGACCAGGACAUGGAGGCCAACGAGGUCCUUGUGAAUGGCGGUGGAGCUGGUGCUGGUGCUGCAGGCGUGGGCAUCCCCCUGCUCAAGGAUGCCGUGGUCAGCUAGAGAGGAUAACGAGGAGCGACAAGGAAAAGGAAUACCAAAGUCAUAUUUUUCAGAAAAAUACAAAAGCAGUUAAACUCACACACAAGCACACAGAUGCCGAACAUAAAUGUACAUACACACGCAUGAGGCAGGAGCACAGGAGCACCAAGGACGUGAACGUGGAUGUGGAUGUGGAUGUGGCUAUUGUUGAGCGGCCAGGACACGAAAAGCGCAUUAGGCGCAUCCCAGCAUUCGAUGCUUUCAUGCAGCACCGUCACCCCGCCCGAGACCUACCCAACCUAACAUUAGUUAACCUCCGCCAGUAGAAGAUCAUACAAUAUAUAUAUAUAGGUAUAUAUAUAUAUUAUCGGAAAGUAUAUAGGAUACAUGUGUGCUCUAUUUCCACAUUUGAAUAAAAGACAAGCCAGCGAGCGUGUAGUUAUCGAUAGCCAUUACUUACAUAAGCGAGUGCAUCACUUCGGAUACAUGCAACUACAAUACCCGUAUAUAUAUGAUAUAUGAAUUAGGUUACGAUUCCCAGAAAUCAAUUUGUUUUUAGCGUGAAAUCUGUUUUAUUCCCUUAUUAACUUCUCCUAUUUUUGUGUUAGGCUGCAAAGCUUCUGUACAUAUCAAUAAAUACUUAGCUCGUAGACCAUAUAUAUAUAUAUAUCUCCAUAUAUAAUAAUAUCUAAACGUAUUUAUAAGUACACAUUCACACAUCAGUGCACACACACCGCUAACACACAUGCAUACCCAUUAUGACCGCAUCGUAGACAUAUUUUAGACAUAAAGCCAACACAAGUAAUAAGCAUAAAUGUAUCUGUCGUAAAAUUAAAUUGCGCUUUUGGCACCCACACACGAUUUCCCCGCAAUUUCUAACUACUCCAAAGCCAAGCGGAAAGUGGCAAGCCACAACAAAAUUGAUGAGCAUAUUCUAAGCAUAAGCGUUCAAUUUAUUGAAUAAUAAAUCUAUUUAAUUUUAGUUCAAUA